CCCAAUCUUGCGGGCAGUCAGUUUUCGAAACGAGCGCGACAAAAGCGGUAGAAAUCGUUUUGGUUCUCGAUUUUGUUGCGGUUUUUUUCUUUAUCACAUUUAAUUGGCGUUAAAGUUUAACUCCACAAAAAAAAAAAAUUUAAUAAAAAAAGAAACAUAAUAAACAUAACUGAAGGUAUUUAGUAUAUACUUGAAAUUUAAGUUUUUUGAGAUGUUACUUUCGGUUGUUUUAAUUUUGUUUAUAAUAAUUCGAUGAAAAUAACUCUUAACUAAAUAGUGCUUAGCGCUAGAAAUUGGUAUGCGUGAAUAUAUUGAAUAUAUAUGCUGAUGGGCAUGUAUUUCGUAUACUUAUUCAUAGAAUGUGUAUAAGUAACUAAUAUUCGUUACAUAUAGAUAUGUAUAUAAAUACAUAAGUGGACUCUUUGUAUGCGCAAAUACUAACAUAAGUACUUAUUCGUGUUAUGCUGCGAUUGUUAUUUUAGCCACUGCGCCACGCAAUCACCUGCUAACGACGGCGCAUGCGCAACGCUUCAAUGAAGCUGGUGAUGUACAUACAAGAUAUAAAACACCUAUAAAUCAAAGGCCAAAGUUUUUAUUUGAAACUUUUAUUUACAAAUGGCUUCUUUUUACAUAAGUACCGGAAAUAAGCUGAUACUUACACUCUUAGUCAUCGCUUCCAUUGCGUGCUCAGCGACAGCAAAGACAGGACCAACCCAUGGUAAAUUGGUGGUGUGUUAUAUUUCAACGUGGGCAGUUUACCGGCCGGGUAAUGGCGCAUAUGCGAUCGAUAACUUUGAUCCAAACCUGUGCACACAUGUAAUUUAUGCUUUUGCUGGCCUUGAUAUCACACAGUCGGCCAUUAAAUCUUUGGAUCCAUGGCAAGACUUAAAGGAAGAUUACGGUAAGGGUGGUUAUGAACACUUGACGGGUUUCAAAAUCACACAUCCGCAUUUGAAGGUCAGUUUGGCUAUUGGUGGAUGGAAUGAGGGUUCGAAAAAUUACUCAUUACUAGUAGCCGAUCCGGAACAGCGUCGUCGCUUUGUGAAACAAGUCACCACAUUCAUACGUAAAUAUAAUUUCGAUGGUCUCGACCUGGAUUGGGAAUAUCCAACGCAGCGUGGUGGCCGCCCACAAGAUCGUGAAAAUUUCGUACUACUUACAAAAGAAUUGAGAGACGAGUUCGAUAAUUAUGGUUUAUUGUUGACGUCAGCAAUCGGAGCGGCCAAGAAUGUUAUUGAUCAAGCAUAUGAUGUGCGUCAAAUCUCACGAUACCUCGAUUAUUUACAUAUUAUGUGUUAUGAUUAUCAUGGCAGUUGGGAUAAGCAAGUUGGCUAUAAUGCACCGCUCAGAGCGCCCGAAGGUGAUGUACUUAGCGUGGAGUUUACAAUUGAUUAUCUGCUGAAAUUGGGUGCACCUCCAAAUAAAAUUGUGAUAGGCUUACCCUUUUAUGGUCGCACCUUUAGAACACCGCGAAACGGUAAUGCAGGCGAUGUUACGGACGGCACCGCUUUUCAAGGUCCCUUUACACGUGAGGAUGGAUUCCUUGGUUACAAUGAAAUCUGCAACAUUCUAAGCAACAAAACUUCAGGCUGGACCACAACUUGGGAUGCGAAAACAUCCCAAAUGUUAGCACGCUCCGAACGUGAUGUUUUCAGUGGUCUAGUGCAAGUAGUCACAUACGAUAGCGCUCGCUCAAUUGCAAAUAAAGUCAAGUUUGCUGUCGAGAAAAAACUUGCUGGUACGAUGAUAUGGUCCAUAGACACUGAUGAUUUCCGCGGCAGCUGUGCGCCUGAGGAUGACAUCUAUGCGGAUUACAAGUAUCUACAAAGCAAUGGACAUCCAAUUAUGCCGAAGCGCGUCAAUUCAAACUAUCCAUUAUUGCGUACUAUUAAUGAAGCCACCACACUGGCAUUGGACGAAGUGGAGCAAACUAUAGAAGAUAAUGAGAUUCCACAUGGCAGCAUAGAAGACCGAAAGAACAGCAACGCAUCUGGAAAAGUAUUGUUGCACACAAGUCUUCUUUACCUCAUUGCAUUUGUACUUUUCACAUAUCAGUUAGUAUUAUAAAGUUUUAAUUAAGACUUUUUUUUUGUACUUACUAAGCAUUGAGAUCUUAUUCUACUUUUGGGUUAUUCAUUUUUUUUUCUGUUAUGUCAUGGCAAAUUAAAUAUGCUUAAAUACAUACUAUAAAUAGGUGUACUUAUAAAAUUCCUAAAGUACUUAAUAUAUAUAAAAUGUUUGAUAAUUAGCUUUAGUUUUGAAAUAAUUGUAAAAAGUCGCUAGAAGUAGUAAAUUAACCAUUUAUAUACAUUUUAAUAAAGUAAAACGAAAAUCAGAAAAGAUUGUUCUUUAUAGAACUGAGGCUCAAAUAUAUCUUUUGUGGCUCAUCGUAGCUAAGUUUUUAAUACAUAUGUACAUCCAUAAGUACUUUUUAAAAUUAUGAAUAUUCACGGUUUGUGGCCCAUUAUUUAAAAUUGUUGUAGCAUGUGCACUUAAAUGAAACUAUAAAAGCCUAACUUAACUGAACUAAAAAAGCUUACACUGAUAUUCAUUAAUUUUUCUGAACGAGUUUUAUUAUUAUUGUCAAUAACUUUAAUCUUGAAAAAACAGAUUUUCUUGAAGACAAGUUUUCUUCAAGUUCUAAAAAACAAAACUAGUGGUUGACCCAGUCUUUAGUACUUUGACUAUCUUACUGUUGUACCUUAUCGUAUCUUUAUAUACAUUUUUUCAACAUAACCUUUGCAUGUAUUUUAUGUAUAACUUUUUUAUUAUAAUCAUGUAUAACUUUUUUAUUUGUAAUUACUUUUAAGGGGUUAUAAACACUUAUGAAUUUCAAAAAACGAUUUUUUUUUUGCAUAUACAUUCAUACAUCGAAUGUACAUAAAUUUACAAGUUAAUCCGACACAUAGUUUUGUAAGAAUAUUUUAAGUUAACGUAAACAGCUUACAAAACAUUAAACACGUUUUAUUAGAAGUGAUGUUAUCAGAGUCGGUGAACAAAAUUUCUUUAAAACCGUUCGGUACACCGGCUUAAAAUUUUCAAAAAAUUCAAAUUUUGUCUAGUCCUUCGAUCACUAUAUAUAUAUCAUAAUAAUAAAUUUUUUUUAGUUUUUGAAGUCAAACAUCUUUUUUCGGAGGUUCUCCUGGAACACGGCUACAAAAACUAAGGAAUCAAAAUUUUUAAAACUGAAAUUUAUUUAUUAAAUAAAUAUACUCUUUAAAAAAAUUUAA